AUGUUGCAUGGAAUGGUUAAGGUCCCUGGCUAUCCUAUGGCCGAGGAAGAAAUUUCAGGCACUACCUUUGAAUUUUGGAGUAGCCUAGCUGAGUUCUUGCUAGACCCGGAAAAUGUAGCAGAGUCAGAUAUCGCACCCUUGAUGGCAGCUGGAAAAAAGGAGAUUAUGCAAGCAAUUGAAGAAUUCUGGACGAAAAUACAAAUACCCCCACAUACCGAAUCUCUAAAAUGGACGAAGGAUUUCAGGGACGGAUUUACGAGUUUCCGGAAAGACGUUGCUGAUCUGGUUGAGGUGGCAUAUGGAAUCCUGGGCCUUGAGUUAUUUGACCGCCUGAUUAGCCAGGUUAUCAUUGCUCUGGGAAAUAGUCAGGUCGGGGGAGCUGUCGCCUGGGAACAGAUAGAAGCAAGUCUAUUUUGUCUCAAUUCUUUGAGCGAUUGUUUGGGUGAUGAGCCGGAAGAAGACGAGUCAUUGAAAGUGCUCUUCCAGAGUAAGCUAUUUAAUACCUUAGCAGACUUCGGAAACCAAAUUCCUCUGAAAGUCAGACAAACAGCUGUCCAUAUGAUCGGAUCAUACGCGGUAUUUUUCGAGAGGUGGGCUAAUUUCUUACCAACUGUAUUAAACUUUCUAUUUGUGGCAAUAUCAACCCCUGCUCUAGCUCGGAAUGCCUCGAAGUCGAUAAGCUCCCUGUGUUCAUCUUGCCGUAGUACACUCACUAGCGAGCUAUCCGUAUUCCUUUAUCAAUACGAGCUGUUUUCUGCUACACCCACAGCAGACGACAUUGCUAAAGAGCGUGUUCUGUGCGCAAUAUCCUAUGUUAUACAAGCUUUACCAUCAGAAAGCCAAAAACUAGACUCUAUUAGCAGAAUGCUAGAGUUUGUGGACAAGGAUGUUCAGCAAUUUCUUACAAUUCUGCAUCGACACCCAGAAGCAGCUAAAGAGCUAGGAGUAUCUACUCUGCAGUGCUUAGUAGCAAUUGGCAAAGGGUUGCAAGCUCCGGACGAUAUUCCGAUAAUCCUAGCUGGUGAAGAUGGAGGACAGGUGCCACCUUCGUUCUGGGAGCAAGAGAGAGGGCUAGCGGUCCAGACGAGAAUACUACAUAUUCUCCAAACAUUGGUCGGUAGUCUAACUGAGGAUGGGGAGAUAAUUGAUGCUGCCUGUGCUGUUUUCCGAACAGGCUUCGCAGAGACAACUCCUGGUCCCUUUGUAUUCCCAGCGGCAGUAGUUACUAAAUUUCUCUUGGAGAGGGCAAAUUGUGGCGUCCGGGUAGAAACCGUGCUGUCAACCGCCAGUACCAUGGUCAGCUCUCACUCGUUAGAUGGCAGUCCAGACAUUUCCACUGAAGUUGGUUUUUUCCUAGAAUUAAUUUUGGGACUUGUUGAACGACUCCAGAAUCCUCAAGAGGACCCCGAAGUGUCGCAGGGUUUGGUCGAGUUUCUAAACAGGCUAUUCUCCAGGUAUAUCACUGUAAUUGCCUGCUACCAGCCCAAGGAACGAAUUGAGAUGCUCCUCUGGUUCGUCAUGAACGCAUUACAGGUUCGGGAGACAUUGGUUAAGAAGGCGGCAUGCACGUUCUGGGCAUCGCUCGUCUCUUUCGCUGCGGAUGACCGUCCAGAACUCCAGGCCAGGAUCAACUCAUUUGUCCACAUGUGCGGACCCAACCUAGCAGAGAAACUCAUUUGGGGCAUCGGGGGCGGAGCUUCGAGAAGUGAAGUUGAUAGUCUCACGGAACCCCUCAAGAAGAUGAUAGCUCGCCAGGUCAAAGCUAAGACAUGGCUAUCGGCGUCCUUACUACGAAAUGGCUUCCCAUCCCCGAACCUUUCAGAAAAGGACAAAACUAUUUUCUUAAAUAAAAUAAUGACCCUGAGAGGAAAACGCGGUACGAACCAAAUUGCUAAAGAAUUCUGGUUGAGCUCGAGGGGCAGUGACUUUGCCUAUACUUCAUAAACCUGUCUCACAUCUACCCGUAGUAGCUUUAAUUACCUCUAUCCAGCGGAAUUCCCAACGACAACAGCAUCUCCCGGAGUUUUUUGUUUUCAUUUCCAGAAAAAAAUGAUUCGCUAUAAUCAUAAAAUCAUAAACUAUUCACUUUUUCCCC